AUGGGGCAUCCUGCACUCAGGUCCUCUACACAGCGGUUGGGAAUCAGCAGUCCUCCUCUGCAGACCAGCAGAGUGCAGCACAGCGGCGGAGACAGUCACAGGAGCAAGAGGAGCCUGCAAGUACAGGCGGGGAAGGAUGUGGACUUUGCAGACCGUGCCGUUGCAGCUCUACCCUACUUUGUGCCACUCUUUGAUGGCCUCAAAUAUGGGAAGUUUUUGUUCGCCCAAUUCCCCUUCCUACCCAGGCUGCUGGCGCCCCUGAACCCGCUCAUCAGCUUCUACUUCUCUUUCCCCUUUGCCAGCCUCAUAGUGUUUUUCGCCAUCUACGCUGGCAUCGUCAACAAUCAGAACUUCUCGCGCUUCGUCCGCUACAACGCGCUGCAGUCCAUCCUGCUGGACAUCAUCCUCAUCGUCCCGGGACUCUUCGAGCAGAUCUUCAGGCCUCCUUCGGGCGGCCUGGGCUUGUCGCUGUACAUCAACGUGUACAACACCAUCUUCCUCUAUGUCUUCCUGGCAGUCCUCUACGCAGUGGGGUCAUGUCUCAUUGGACAAGCUGCCAGGCUGCCACUGGUGGCAGAUGCAGCAGACCAGCAAGUGCGAUGA